AUGGGGGGGGCAUCAUGGGGGGGUAAGGGCCAUCAUGGAGGGCCAUCAUGGGGGGGUAUCAUGGGGGGGCAUCAUGGGGGGGUAUCAUGGGGGGGUAUCAUGGGGGGGCAUCAUGGGGGGGCAUCAUGGGGGGACUCCGCAGAGUUCCCUUCGCCACAUGUUCAGUUCCUACAGAUGUGGACACAACAAACCAGUGUUUUCUCUGGACACAUGGUUCCUGAUGGUUGUGGAGAGCGGCGCUGGUACAAAGGCAGCAUUAUGUGA